GGGGCGGGGGCCUACGUGACGCCGGUUGCCAUAGUGACGGGCGGGCGCUCCCGCCGCCGCGUCCCCGCCGGUUGCCGGCCCCGGCGAUGGCGGCAGAGGAGGAAGGCGACGUGGAGUGGGUGGUGGACACCAUCGCCGGGUUCCUGCGGGGGCCCGCCUGGUCCAUCCCCAUCCUGGAGUUCAUGGAGCAGAAAUGCGAGGUUUUUGAUGAUGAAGAAGAAAGUAAGUUGUCUUACACAGAAAUUUAUCAGGAGUACCAAGCGCUGGUUGAAAAAUUAUUAGAAGACUAUCUUAAAGAAGUUGGAAUCAAUGAAGAGAAAUUUCAAGAAGCUUUUUCAUCUCCUCUUGCAAAGACACACACUUCACAGGCCAUUUUGCAAACAGUGUUGGCAGCAGAAGAUUUUAGACUAUUUAAAAAAAUGAUGGUACAGAAAAAUGUUGAAAUGCAAUUGCAAGCUAUUAGAAUCAUUAAAGAAAGAAAUGGUGUGUUGCCCGACUGUUUGACAGAGGGUUCUGAUGUAUUCAGUGAAAUUGAACAUGAAGAAAUGAAAAUACUGAGGGAGGUUCUGAGAAAAUCAAAGGAAGAAUAUGAAAUAGAGCAAGAAAGGAAAAGGACUGAAGAAGCACGUGAUAAACCUAAAUCACCAGAUGUUACCUACAGUUUUCCAGGAGAAGCUGUAAAAGUAAAGGAAUCUACUGAGAGAGCUGAUGAUUCUGAAGAAAUUCCAAAAUUUCCAUUAGAAGAAUGUCGGAAGUCUGCGCGGGAAGGCCCAAGACCAGUACGCCCAUUACAGAAAGGACCAGAAAGCUUACCUCAGCCGUCUUGUACCACAGGGAAAGAAGACAUUAAGAAAAGGUCAGCUGGAAAAUGUUCAGAAAAUGCAGCGCAAAAAGCUGGGAUGAAAGGACCUAAUUUAUCAGAACUUGAAAACCAGCAGCUGAAGCAACGAGAGGACUACCUAAAGAAAAAACGAGACAUGCUGAUGGCUAUGAAGAAGGAGUCAAGAAAUAACAUACCGCUACCAACAAACACUGACCAGAAAGAGGAAGGAUCAUCUCCUAAAGAGGAAAUGUCAGAAGAGAAGCAGAGAUUACUCCAGAAGAGGAAGAUGCUUGCAGAAAAACUAAAAGAAGAAGUUAUCAAUAAGCGGUAAUUUUAAGCAGCUCAUCGCAGACCCCAAGAACAUAAGUAUGUUUUUAGAGUAAGUUAUAUAAUCAAUAAUUGAAUGGAUUUGUUUUCCAGUAUUACACGUAAUUUUAUAGAACUUUCAGACAAGCAACUCAGUACGUUAUAGAAUAUUUAAAAUUACACUCAAAUACACUAAAACCACCCAUUUUCCAGAAUGCUGGAAGCUCAUUCACUCCCUGGCCCUGGUCGCCAGCACGGCCGCUCUCCAGCACAGCUUUCCUAACCUACUGGCCUCAGCCACGGCCAGCAUAGAGACCAAACGUAGAGAGGGAGCUCUGUUAAACUAAUUCCUGUAUGAACGGUUCUGAGCAAGCUAGAAAUUUCAACUUUUUUAUUUUUAAAAUAAUAGAACUUUGUUCCUUUUAUUAGAAUAUGAUAAACUACUAUUAAUAAAGUCUGAUUUCACAAGGAAGUGCAACUCUGACCACCUCAUUUGUGAGAAACAGAUAAUGCACCUUGAAAUCAAGACAUUUACUUACCAUCUCUGGACAACAUUGUUUUACAAACUUUUGGGGCAACUUCCCAGUCCUUCGGUCCAGUUUUGCUAUAAAUGUGACUCUAAGUAAAAACGAUUGCUUUUGAGCACUUCAGUUGCAAAAUAGCCAUCGCUUAAUAUCUUGUUUAGUGGUUUGGCUUCGCCAGACCCAGCGAAGCAGGGAGCAGUGCAAUCCUUCACACCGUGUCCCGACGGAGCCGCGUCGCAUUACAAGAAACCACCCAACCAACUGAUGUUUUGUGUAACUUUUUAUUAAAAUAGCAUUUAUAACUGGUAA